AUGUCGACCACUGUCCACGUCAAGAACAUCUCUCCUGAGACCAGCGAAAAGGAGGUCAAGGACUUCUUCAGUUUCUGCGGAAAGAUCACCUCGAUCUCUGUUACUCCUGAAUCCUCUACCCCAGAUGCACCCAAAUCGGCCACAGUAACCUUCGAGAAGGAAAGUGCCGCUAAGACCGCGCUCCUUCUUGACAACACUCAACUUGGGAAGUCACAAGUUCACGUUUCCACUGCAAGCACCAUCGAUGACGUUGCCGCCAAAGCUGGCGCUGCCGUCUCAUCCUCGACAGGAGACGACCAUAUUGCUCAAGAAGACAAGCCUCGAUCAAGGAUUGUUGCGGAAUACCUGGCUCAUGGCUACGCGCUCUCGGAUAAUGUCAUCCAUAAGGCUAUAGAUUUGGAUAACAAGCAUGGCUUCAGCUCACGAUUCACCGAGGCUUUGCACAAGUUCGACGACAAAUACAAGGCAACUGACACGGCAAAAUCCGUGGAUACCAAAUACGGUGUGACAGAUAAAGCCCUCAGCGCUUGGGGUGGGUUCAAUUCAUACUUUGAAAAGGCCUUGGGCACCCCUACCGGUCAAAAGGUCCGAGAUUUUUACAGGCAGACGGAUAAGCAGGUCCGGGAUGUUCACUCGGAAGCCAGACGUCUUGCAGAUCUCAAAGCUGGUAAGACUCAGGAACCAGAGCAAGUGGAAGGAACCGACAAGACAGUUUGCAAAUGCGGCGGCUCGGAGGGUGCAUGCGCUUGUCCAGCUGGCCAUUGCGCAUGUGCCAAUUGCGCAAAGAGCAGCGACUCAGCAACCAGCGAGGUUAAGGAGGCUGCUCAAGCCAGCGGGCAACAGUUGCCAUCCGGGAGUGUUUGA